AUGGCUGAGAAUAUUGCCGGCUAUACAGUUCAUGAUAGCCUUGAAACCGUACUGUCGACGGUGAAGGGGACAAAUGGAGAUUUCGACAUCUAUCACCGGCAAAACGACUGUCCUAUUGCACAUGAGCAAUGCAACGAGGAUCAUGAUGUUGGUUUCGAAGGCUGGAACCUAGACAAAUAUAAGAACGUUCAUAUAGCAGAGCAAGCCUACAAGAUGCGACCGGACUAUGACUGGUACUUUUUCAUCGACGCCGAUACCUACGUCAGCUUUCCAACAUUGAUGGAGUGGCUCCCGGCCGUUGAUCCCAACAAGCUUCAUUACAUUGGUCACGAGAAACAUUCCGGAUCCUUUCCGUUCGCACAUGGCGGUAGUGGAUAUCUCAUGUCAAAAGCAACUAUGCGACGCAUGUUUUUUGGCAAAACCAGAGUGGGAAACAAGUAUGAUGAAGCAACGCAGGACGGCUGUUGCGGUGACAUUAUGUGGAGCGAGAUUGUGCUCAACGAGACGGGACUAACUCCUGAGAACAUGUGGCCGGUUAUCAACGAGUUCAAGCCUCGCACGUUCAAUUACUACGAGGACCAAUGGUGCCAGCCUCUGAUUACGUUGCAUCACGUCAAUGGAGAGGAGAUCAACGACUUGUACGCUUUCGAACGAGGGCAAAACUUUGCCAAGAGGAUCACAAUCAAGGACAUGUACUACCGGUUUGUGGCUACCCAUCUGGUCGAAUCACGUUCAGACUGGGACAAUGGGGGUGAGGACGUCUACUACUUGGAUCGCGAGGCUAGAACGUACGAAGAGUCCGAGCUGGAGAAGGCCAAGACGGACGAGCUAUCGGAAAAGGAGCUCGUGGCGCAUAAGAACUCGUCGAGCUGCAAAGACGUUUGUUAUUCUCAGGAGGACUGCUUCCAGUGGAGGUAUCGGGAUGGUAUCUGCGGCCUGGGAUAUAACAAGAUGCGGCUCGGCAAUGCCGUAAAGAAAGACGACGAUGAAGCCAAACGAUCGUUUAGUGGAUGGCAUAUGAAUCGGAUCAAGAAGUGGAUUGAUGAGCAAGGUAAUUGCAGUGAAACAUAUCAAUGGCGGGUAACGGACGAGCAGAGAAAUAGGGAUGCAGGAGCACAAAAGUAG